GUUGGCUGGCAGUGGUAAACAGACGUCAGAAGGGAGUCUUCGCCUCGAGUCAAAACAAAACAAAACAAGAUCCAUACGAUGAAUGACUUUGAAUAUCAGAAUCGGGCACACGACGGAAAGGAUUGAACCCUAACUACAGCGGAAAAACAGCUUCCAUGAGAAAAUCUGCUUUCUUCCACUUUUAAAAGAGGGAUUUUUUUAACUAACCGGAGGAGUUAGCCAACUAGGUGGCUACCUAGUUUGUUCUCACGUUAAAAGUCUGGUGUCGAGUUUUGUCCGGAGCGACGAGUUUGUGACGACGGAAGUCAAGAUGCGGGGUUGAGUUCUUGCACUUUCGGAUUACAAGAAGUACGAAAAUUUCGCCUGGAAUUAGCGAAGUGUGUACGGACGCUUUCGGCGUAGUUGCCGCGCAAGCAUCGUGUGUGUGUGUGUGUGUGUGUGUGUGUGCGUGAGAGGGAGAGAGAUAGAGUGUGUGUGGAGGAACAUGGCAGAUGGUGACACGCGCCUACACACAGCGUGUCGGAGCGGACACACUUGAACGAGAAUAACACGGACUGGUUUAUUUCCAUUCCUCCAACAGAUAAACAUAAUCAGGACUAACUAGUUCAUAUAACCAAUAGUGUGGAAAGGUUGGACUAUUAAAAUUGCCUACUCAACACGUUUACUAGGCGACGCUAGCUGUGUGGCGGGGAUCUGGGUGGAAGAAUCAGUAUAGUACAAAUAACCUCCUACUGAUCUCAUCAUAUAAACUGAUAUCUGACUUCAGUGAAAUGGAGUGUGGUGUGAAGUGACAGAUGACUGGCUGAUUUUGAUGGACAUGAUGUUGCGCGUAAAACUAUUACCCUUUAACAAGCUCUUCCUCACCGCUAAUGUACGGUAUUUUACUUUAAACAGCAUGUCAUUGCGGUCAUAGUUUAAUGACAGCGACCACAGUUUAUCACAAUAGAUUUUAAAACAUUGUCUAUUAUUAUAGUAAUGACUUGAUUGAUAGUAACUGAUCUCAUUUGUUGAUGAUACCUGGUCGGUUCAGGUGCGCGUUUAAUAAUCUAAUAUAACUUUACUAUUUACUGAAUUAUUUUCUUUCCCUCCUUCAUUACGCUUUCCUAUCUCUUGUCAUUAACCUUAGUCUUUAAACUCUAGAGAUGAUUUAGUCUUUCUAGUAUUUGUCUCUCUUUCUUAUUAUUAUUUAAACCUCAUCCCUGACAGUCAGCUCGUUUUAAUGUAUUCAGUACAGUUUGUCAUGUGAAUUUCCUUUGUUCUUUAUGUAAACAAAGAGACCCUCCGUGUCAGUGGGAAGGUUUAUGAUAGUAACUAUUAAGGAGAUUAUUUGGCCCCUUUAAUCUCCAAUCUGAGGAUUAAACGGCGCUGUGGAUAUACAUAUAUAUAUAUUUAUAUCUAUUGGUGCGCACGGAUUAUUACGUCCCUGCUCAAUCCGCCGCAAAAAAAAAAAAUCAAGUCUUCUGAAAUUAUUAUUGUUAUUAUUUUUAAAACAAAUAUCCAUACAAAUCAGCUAAACUACAAGUAUACCAUCCGCAUAAUCUUUAACGAUCAAACAGCGUUAUUAAGUGAAAUCUAAACUUAGGCUGCUGUACAGUUGUAGUAGAGAACAAAAAUAGCAGGUUGUUAUUUUCAGAGCGUAAUCUGUCAGACUCUCCUCCUGAAAUUGGAGUAAUUGCUCUGCACAAUGGAGACGGACAAGGCACCCCCGAUUGACCCAGAUUUCGAGCCGCAGAGCAGACCGAGGUCUUGCACAUGGCCGCUGCCUCGGCCCGACAUCUCAGCUGUCAAAGUAGAGGGGCCAGACGGCACCGGGUCCGCCGCGGGAACCCCGCCUGCCGAGGAAGAGAAACAGGAGCCUCAGCCAAUCGUAUCCGAGCCCGAAAAAUCCGCCGCUUCGGAGGGAGGAGCGCUAUCGGGAGUGGGCGGGGCCGCACCUCGAAAGGGUUCAUCACGGCGCAACGCGUGGGGGAAUCAGUCCUACGCUGAUCUGAUAAGCCAAGCGAUAGAGAACUCUCCGGAGAAAAGACUCACUCUGGCACAAAUCUAUGACUGGAUGGUCAAAACAGUGCCGUAUUUUAAGGAUAAAGGUGACAGCAACAGUUCUGCUGGAUGGAAGAACUCAAUUCGUCACAAUUUGUCCCUCCACAACAAGUUUUUGAGAGUACACAAUGAAUCUACUGGAAAGAGCUCCUGGUGGAUGCUUAAUCCUGAAGGGGGCAAGACUGGGAAAGCCCCUCGGCGUCGUGCUACCUCCAUGGACAAUAGCACUAAAUUGCUCAAAAGUCGCAUGCGGGCAAAGCAGACCAAGAAGCAAGCAGCAGCAGGUGGUGUUGGUGGUCCUGGCAGUGCCAUACAGGGUGAGGGAGUGUCUGGGGCAGGGAGUGCAGACAGUCCUGGCCCUCCAGGACAGUUUGGAAAGUGGGGAGUGAACAGUAGCAGCCCAUCAUCACGGGGUAGCUUGGAUGACCAAGACAUGUGGACAACCUUCAGACCACGCACCAGCUCAAAUGCCAGCACUUUGAGUGGCAGGCACUCUCCAAUUCCCCCAGUGAAAGAAGAUGAAGAUGACUUGCCUGAAGAUGGACUUCUGAGCGGGUAUCCCACUAGCAGUCUUCCACCUACCCUUACUGAGACCCUAAUGGAGGAACUGGACCUAAUCGAUGGUCUUACCUUAAUUACAUCACAGCAAGGCGGUGCGAGCCCGAGCACAGCACCGCAAGCCCCACCUACUCCACUGCCAUCUGCUUCUACCCUUCUGCCCCGUGGGCCUAAUUUUACUCCAUUUCGUAAGAUGCAGCCAGUGAAGGGCUCUCAAGGACCAUCUCAACCAGGGUCACAGAGCUCUGUUCAGCAGGCCGGGGAGCCCAACACAAGCCUAUCAAGCUUUGGAAACUCCCUCUUUAACCCUUUGCCUGGUCCAGGAUCUCGAAGUAGUUUCGGCACCCAUGUGCCGUCCAGUCUCGAGGCACUCCUCACCUCUGACUCACCCCCACCAGCUGAUAUAUUGAUGACGCAAGUUGACCCUCUGAUGCCCAGCCAGGGAGGUGCUAAUCUCUUGGGCCUCGGGGAUCCCAUGUCUGGCAACCAGACAAAGGCUGGUCAGAUGAUGUUGGGCAAGACUAUGGAACCUAGACCAGUGCCGCAAAUGACCCUUCAGCCUCAAUCCCAGCUACAGCCCCAGCAGCACCAGCAGCAAUCUCAGAUGGGCUUUGGCAUGAUGCUGUCUGGCAUGGGCCAGGAACUCCCACAGCUAGCAGCCAUGAAGACCCAGCAUCAAAUGCCAAGCGGAGGGCUAGUUCAACAUGGAGCUAUUCCUUCUGCAGCUGGGAAUGGAGGAAUUCAGGGCAUAAGCCAAUAUGGGACACCAGCUUGCUUUCUGCCCUCUCAGGAUCGUCUGCCCACAGACUUAGAUAUUGAAAUGUUUACAGAGAACCUGGACUGUGAUGUUGAUUACAUCAUCAACAGUGACCUUAUGGAUGGAGAUAUGAGCGACUUCAACUUUGACCCCAUUGUACCUGGUGGGCAAAAUUACCCUGGGCCGGCCACCACACAGAGCUCAUCUCACAACUGGGUUCCCAGCUAACUCUGCUAAGGACAGGAGUAGGUCAGCCCUUCAUCCCUAACCAAAUAAUGGAAUCUCACAUGGUGCAUUAAGUAAAAUGUCACCCCUUCAGUUUUUUUUUUUUUUUUUUUUUGCCUCCACAUUCGCCAUUGUACCUCAAAUCCAUGAACUGCUUUGGCUGAAUAUACAAACUUUGGCCAAUUUUUAAGAAUUUUUUUGGCUCACAAAAACAAACCUUACACAAGUGCCAAUAUACACAAGGAAGUCAGCUAUUAGACACCACACCAGACCCUGAAGAUGUCUACCCAGAAGAAGUAGUUGUUUUCUUUUCAGUGAUAUUGACUAGGAAAAAGGAGAAGCACAAAAACUACUAAACAAGCCGAUUACAGAAAUGCCUCUUACUAAUACCAAAGUAGUACAGGGCUGAGAUGGUACUUUCCUAGAUUUGAAGACAGAACUGAUUUGGCCAGCAGAAUCAAACUUUCCUGAUACUUGAGAAACUUUCUUCACUGGUCAACAACUAAAAACAGCAACAACAACAAUGAAUGGAGUUAAAAUCAUCAUGCAAUUUCAAAAUCAUUGAUCAUUUAGUUGGAACCUUCCAUAUGAACAUCUUCAGCAUUAAUCCCAGUUUGAAUGGGGACUGUCCCAGUGAGCCCAGAACAUGAAUAUUUGGACACUUAUACACGAGUCGCAUACUCUCAGUGGUACGAAGUGUGCCCAUAUUUUACAUUGGAGGCAAACUAUUUCGAGGUGGUUGAUAAUGAUUCUUGUCAUGAUGAUUAAUGCUUUUACUUUAGCAUUUAUGACUCUACUCAGGAAGGUGUUUGUUUUUUCCCCCUUUGUGUCCGAAAGAGUGGGGACUGAUCAUUUUGAGUGAGAAUUUGAUGAUUUGUUCUUAAAUUGUUAACAGUAUGAAGAAAUGUGAUUAUACACCGGGCAUUUUGAUUUGACCAUAGAACUGUAAAGCUCCAGGUUCUGUGGGUUUUUACCACUUUGCCAACUCUGUCAAAAUUGAACGGCAUUGUGUUGUUAUCAAUGUGCCCAUUUGCAGGAUACAAUAUUUGAAGGGUUUGUGUGUGUGUGUGUGUGUGUGAUGAUUUAAGUACUUACAAGUGCUUAAAUUCAGCAGAGAGAAAAACAAUCAAAAAAUGACGUUGAAUAAUUUCAUUCAAAGGGUGAAAGCGAUUGAGUGAUUCAACGUAAAAUGUGCCCUUAAUUAUAUAGAAUUGUGUACAGCUGCACAAAGGGCAAAACAUACUUUUCUCAGUGAUUGACUUUUUCUUAUAUAGUACUAACAAUCUUUUGUAUGAAUUUGUUAAACAGAAACGGAAAACAGUUUAAGGAUACUGACUAAUUUUAGUGUCGAAUUUUACAUUAGGGGCUGUAUCACAAAAAAAAAAAGAAGCAUUCAUACUAAUCAGAAAAAUCCCCUCUUAAAACUGCAGAAAUUAUUUUUAACGGUCAUUUUCUAUGUAAUCUUUUAUUUUUGUAAAAGAUGAGACGCAUGUAGAUUUUAUACAUAACCAAAGGAACACUAAGAAGAGCAGGUCAGAGUGGGAUGGCUUGAGAGGAAAGUAUUGCAGCUUUUAUUACACCAUGUUAACUUUAUGUCGAGUAAAUGGAUCGCAUGGGUGCAGUUAACAGUGUAACGCCUCGCAGAUUAGAAACUCGCCGAGCGAUCGCUACUAUAUUUGGAGUAAUUUUUAAAAAAAACGACAAAAAAAAAAAAGAACGUAAAAGAGGAUGAAAUGAUGAGCUCGAUCAUUUCUCCAGGAAAUUUAUAUUUUGUCAAACAGAAAGCCGAUGAUAACGAUGCAAUGUCUAACUCUCAGGGUUUAAUACAACAGUAGUAAUAUUAAGUAAAUAAGUAAUAUUGAUUAAAAACUUCCAGAUGGAAGCGGAAAGAUAAUCAUUGCUGAUUUUUUUU